AGCCUUCCUGUGAAACCCCCAUCGCGCCUUUUUGCCUACCAUGUCCUUUGGUAGGACGCACGGGCCGGCCUAAAGCUUUGAAAAUUUCCCUUAACACUAGCAGUCACGACAUCUUUCAGCUUGGUUUGACGACAACGAUCGAUCGCAAAAUGCAACGACUAGUGUACAGACCAACAUGGCAUCGAUCCUUCGCAACCUUGAACACGACGUUAUGGAAACAAACAGCUAUAUUUGUAGACAAUCUACAAGGUUUGUCUGAUUCGAAUCAAAGCAGCCACGCUGAAGAAUUUACUAUAGAAGACGAGGAUUUUGAAUCGAAAGUGGUUCGAGGCUCAGAAGAAGCAUCCUUUGGACGGAAGCGAAUUGGCUGCGUACAGCUGCCAACGUCACUAAAGGCUGCUAUCCAGGACACAGUUGCGUUGGCGGAUAAACCACUGGUUCGAACGGAUGCGCUGCGGAUAUACGAGUCGUUUCGGUCAACAUCUAAAAUACCUGUGAUUGAGCCUACUCGAAAAUUUGAUAAACGCGCAAAAGCGGAAGUGGUUGUGGACGCUCACACCAUAACAUACGGAGAACGAGAGACCAUCGCCUAUGUUGCCGGCGCAUUACCAGCGACAUACGCAGCGAUAUACAAUGUCAUAAAGGAAUUGAAGGAGCGAAUAUGCUCGUUUGAGCCCAAGACGAUGCUUGAUUUCGGAACGGGUCCAGGGACUGGAAUAUGGGCGGCUCGUGAGCAUUUCAAUUUAGAGAAAAGCGUAGGUGUGGAUAUUUCGGAACAUAUGUUGCGAAUGGCUGAAGGUUUAAUAGAGAAAAGUGGAAAUGUUGAUUUUGCUGAAAGUACCACAUUUCAGCGUUACUUUUCGUACAACCCAAAGCAACCAAAAACCGACUUGGUUCUGAGUGCAUUCACAUUGGGAGAUACAGCAUCAGAAGCACUGCGAAAAUCAUCUUUACAGUCGUUAUGGGAUCAGACUGGCGAUGUUUUAGUACUCAUUGAGAGAGGUACUCCAGUUGGAUUUCGCAUCAUUGCUCAAGCGCGAGAGUGGAUUUUGGAGAGCAAUAAGGAGGACGAGAACGCUGUACAUGUUGUAGCGCCGUGCCCACAUGACAAACCGUGUCCAAUGUUUCGUGGAGAGCCUUUGCAGCCUGAUCGAGACUGGUGCCAUUUCUCGCAGAGAGUAGAGCGACCAAAAUUUUUGAUGAAAACCAAACACAGUAAAAUUAAUAUCGAGGAUGCAAAGUAUUCUUAUGUGAUUCUUCGAAAAGGGCCACGACCGGUAUCCACAACAGCUGAUCAAGAAGAUUUGGAGACAGAGGCGUAUACCUGGCCACGGCUGGUCACACCUCCUCUGAAGAAAAAUAAACACGUUGUGAUGGAUGUCUGCACAUCGUCUGGAGAAAUUCAAAGAAUGAUCAUCCCCAAGUCUCAAGGCAAAAUACCCUAUAGAGAUGCCCGCAAAAGUACUUGGGGAGACCUAUUUCCUCACACACCUAAAAAUCCUGCUGUUGUUCGAAUCAAACAGAAAGAGGACCCCGUUACAGAAUAAAGCGCAGCAUAACUAGUUAUUUGGUUAUCGAUGAAAACUUGAAAUCAUACAUACAGCUUCGUUCCAAAAACGAUGCUGGUUUUGGCUCAGGGACCAAUGGUAAAUGAUAUGGCAUGGUUUGGGUAAAGGGGUUCUAGAGACUAUUAUGUGGUGUAUAUGUAGAGGGAGAUGAUAGAUG